AUGUAUAUAUAUAUUUUUAUUAUUAUUAUUUUCUAUUAUUAUUAUUUUUAGUACUGUGAGGCUUUUUAGAAAAUUAUUACUUAAAGAAGACUUAUGUAAUUAUAAGAAAGGGUUAUAAGUUUAAAUGAAUUUGUUAUUCCUUUAUCUAAUUAGCCUAAUAUUUAUGCACAAGAAUAUAUUAAAUACAGGGAAUUUUGGGAUGAAAUGUCUGGGGUAAAAGCCAGGAGAAAGAAAAAGAUGAAUCCUGAAGGAGAAGAUGAUAAAAAAGGAAAACAAAAAAAAUUUAAAAGAAGAAAAAAUGAUUUUCUAUUAAAUUUUAUAAUUAUAAAUAUUUAUUUUUUGAUAAAAAACUAUAUAUUUAUAAAUAUACUAAAAAUUUUUAAAUGUAUUUUUUUAAAAAAAAAAUAAUAAAUUUUUAUAACUUAUUUAUAUCUAAAAAUAUACACAUUUAUAUUUAAAAAAAAAAAAUGUAAAAAGACCAAUCAAACUUAAAUAAUAUGA